AUGUCUAAGAUGAAGAGACGUAUGAUUCAUCAAGAAGAGGAUGAGUCAGAUGACGAAUUUGACCACUUCAUGACUGUUAUGAUGGGUGAGUACCGGGAGAGGAAGCAUGAGCAGCGUAAAAGACAUCGAGGUUCAGUUUUUGGACACAAGGUUUAUGAUAGAAGUAGAGAAGAACAUGAUAUAAAAUUAUAUUGUGAUUACUUUGCUGAAAAUCCAGUAUAUCUAGAAAAGUAUUUUCGGCGACGUUUUCGGAUGAGUCGCCCUCUAUUCAAUCGAAUAGCUGGAGCUAUCAGACGGCAUGAUCCCUACUUUGUUCAAAAAAGAAAUGCUGCCGGUAAACUUGGAUUUUCCUCCCUACAAAAGAUAACUGCAGCUUUUAGACAGCUAGCUUACGGUGUACCUGCAGAUUAUGUUGAUGAAUAUGGGCGGAUUGGUGAAAGCAUUGCUAUUGAGAGCCUAAGCAGAUUUGUCAGGUCUAUUUGUGAGGUGUUUGGCAAAGAAAACUUGAGAGCUCCUAAUGAAGAUGAUACAACUAGGCUGCUUCAUAUUGCUGAACCACGUGGUUUUUCUGGUGAAGCUCUGGCUGUUAACUACACGAUUAACGGCCACAAUUAUGAUAUGGGUUACUACCUUAUUGAUGGGAUAUAUCCUACUUGGUCGACUUUUGUGAAAAUAAUCAAGGGCGCUACAAAUUUGAAGGAUAAAAAUUUUGCUGCUGCUCAGGAGUCUCAGAGGAAAGAUGUGGAACGUGCAUUUGGUAUAUUGCAGGCUCGCUUUGCCAUUGUUCGAGGUUCGGCACGGUUUUGGGAUGAAGCAACACUUCGAGAUAUCAUGAUGGCAUGCAUAAUAAUGCAUAACAUGAUAACUGAAGAUGAACGUGACGCUGAUCGUCUUGAAGUACCCUACGACAAGAGUGAUGCUGAGACGACUGGCGUGGUAUCACGUGAAGGAACAUCAAAUUUUUUGGCAUUUGUUCAGAAGCAUCACGAAAUCCAAAAUCGUCACAUGCACCGUCAACUACAGGAAGACUUGGUUGAACAUCUUUGGGAGCGGCGAGGACAGAUGAAUCGGCAGCAGUAG